CAAAAAUUCGGAUAGUGUGAAAUAAUCGAGAAAAAGUGUGGUGGAGAUUGUAGUUUAAGUACCAUUGAAACCCAAUUAAAGUCACGUGAAAUCAAGAUAUGUACGCAGCUGUGAAACCACUCUCGAACUAUUUGCGCCUGAAGACGGUGCGCAUCUACGAUCCGAUAUUCACGCUGCACUCGAAGUGCACCAUCGUUAUACUGCUGACGUGCACCUUCCUGCUGUCCGCCAAGCAGUACUUCGGCGAGCCGAUCCUGUGCAUCAGCUCCGAGAAGCACACGGAGUACGUGCAGUCCUACUGCUGGACCAUGGGCACCUACAUCCUGCCGGCGGAGGGCGAACGGGAGAGCUCCGCCGGCUGGGACUUCUCCUUUUAUUCGGCAAACGCCGCGCAGGCCUUCAACUUGAGCAGCCUGCGCGCCCUGGUGGCCCACAAUGAGCAGUACGCCCGGGUGAUCUCCAUUGCCGAGGGAGUGGGUCCCGAGACACGGGGAGUCACGAAGCGACUGUACCUGCGCUACUACCAGUGGGUCUUCAUGAUCCUGCUCUUCCAGUCGCUGCUCUUCUACUUCCCCUCCUUUCUGUGGAAGGUAUGGGAGGGGCAGCGCAUGGAGCAGCUGUGCUGCGAGGUGGGGGACGCCCUCAUCCUGGAGGCCACCUACCGCACCCGCCUCCACAUGCUCACCAAGUACUUCCGCGCCCAGUUCGCCCCGCUCCACUGGUGCUACUCCAUCAAGUACGCCUUCUGCGAGCUCCUCAAUCUCAUCAUCAGCAUACUGAAUUUCUGGCUAAUGGACGUGGUGUUCAAUGGGUUCUGGCACAAGUACAUCCACGCCCUGGCGGCCAUUCCUCUGUACGACUGGAACCUCUGGAACCUGAUGACGUCACGCGUCUUCCCCAAGGUGGCCAAGUGCGAGAUGUUCAUCUACGGACCAAGUGGAACACCGAAUGUCCUGGACAUCCUGUGCGUGCUGCCGCUGAACAUCCUGAACGAGAAGAUCUUCGCGGUGCUGUACGUUUGGUUCCUGUUCAUCGCGAUGCUGGCUGCCAUCAACAUCAUCUACCGCAUGCUGCUCUUCUGCUGCUCGGAGCUGCGUCUUCAGCUGCUGCGCACCCAUUUGCGUGGAAUGCCGAAGGCGCAUGUCCGCGAGGUCCUUGCCAACACUGGAUACGGUGAUUGGUUCGUGCUCAUGUGCGUCAGCAUCAACGUGAAUCCCUCGCUCUUCCGGGAUCUCCUACAGCAGCUCCAUGCCAACCAGCGGCAACCGCACUCCAUGGAGAACUCCUCGGAUAUCAAACAGACCUCGCCGCAACUUUCGCAUCCUUCGAGGGCCCAUUCCCUGUCCAAACUGGAGAGGAGUCCCAGUCUUAACCGCAACUGCUGCAUUGGAGCCGAUUUAAUGGCCGAUCGCCAGUCGAUUGGCACAGUGAGCAGCCGUCGCUGUCAUGGGAUGCCCACCGCCCCAACUAUCAAUUUAAUGGCUCCCAAUGACGAAAUCAUCAGCAUGGAUCGCUUCUACCACGAAAGCCACGCCUAAACCUUAUUCCGUUUCAUAACACUUUAAUUACUUUCUAUGAUUUGUUAGCAAUUAAAUGAGAUGAGCUUUAGUAAAAUAUAAUACUAUUGUACAUUAUCUAACUCA